GCCGUCAGUGAAGGGCAACGGACUAGUGGGAUCUUACGGCCUGCAACGAAGCGCGAGCCCUAAGGCGCACAGGCCGGGAGACGCGAGCGCGAUCCACCAGGGGUGAGCAUGGAUCAGAGCUCGCAGAACGAAUCGCAGUACGCCGGGCAGGGAAUGGCGGGCGCUGGGGCUCCUCCGGGCAUGGCGCUAGGUCAGAUCGCGGCGGGGCAGCCAGCGGGGGGAUUCCCAGCGCCGGGGAUGAGCUACCAGCAUUUGCAGCAGCAGCAGCAGCGGCAGAUGCAAGAGUUUUGGAUGGGGCAGAUGCAAGAGGUCCAGGAGGUGAUGGAUUUCAAGACGCACAGCCUGCCCCUGGCGCGCAUCAAGAAGAUCAUGAAGGCGGACGAGGACGUGAGGAUGAUCUCGGGCGAGGCGCCCGUGCUCUUCGCCAAGGCGUGCGAGAUGUUCAUCCUGGAGCUGACGCUGCGCGCGUGGAUGCACACCGAGGAGAACAAGCGGCGGACGCUCCAGAAGAACGACAUCGCGGCGGCGGUCACUCGCACGGACAUCUUCGAUUUCCUGGUGGACAUCGUGCCGCGCGAGGAUGUCAAGGACGAGGCGCUGGGUGUCUCGCGAUCAGCGCUGCCGAUCGGAGCUCCGGACAUGCAGUACUACAUGAUUCCUGGGCAGACUCCUCCGGGGGUGAUUGGAAGGCCGGCCAUUCCAAUGGAUCCAGCGCUCUACGCGCAGCAGCAGCGGCCGCCAAUGCAGUACAUGGCGUCGCCGCAGCAGCAGCAGCAGCAGCAGUGGCAGCCGGAUCAACAGACCCAAGCCCAGCAAUCGCAGGCUCAAGGCCAGCAAUCCACGGCCUCGGAUGGCGAGCAGUGAAGCGACUCCACACCAUCCAUGCCGAGUUCCAAGUUCUUCCAGGUAGAGCGAGCGUCAAGUUCCAGAGAGUUCUAAGUUCUUUCGAGAGUCACAGGAGCUUGAGAAGAAGAUCACAACGAAAAACUUCUAUCUAGGAUAGGAAUAGAU